AUGUUUGAUACAACCGCUAACAUCGUCGACGGGAGAAUCUACGUGAUUAGACUUAUCAACUCGAAGAAUACGAGGAUGGUUGUGUUCAAUACACAAACACAAACUUGGAAGCCUAAGAUGAUAAAGUCUGACUUCGAGCUACGUGGCAUGUGGAGGUGUGAAUGUGUGGUGGUGGCUGAUAAGCUGUACACAAGGGAUUGUUUACGCGCCAAAGGGAAAGCGUAUGAUUUAAAGAAGUGCUGGGGAGUGGUGAAUGGUGUUGAGGAAUUGGUGGCUGAGAUAAGACUUGGUGAGUGUGGGUGGGAGACUGCUGUGAGUUACUAG